AUGUUCUUUUUAGAUCUUGUUAAUAACAGGAAGGAAAUGAAGACCAAAAAAGUGAGGAAUGCAAUGUUACUUGUAUUGCUACAUUCGGAGAUGAUAUUUAUGUUGUUAUUGUUCAUGAAUACAGCUCGGAUAGAGGGCCAAGAUGAUGAUGUAGUGUCAAAAACCUCUCGGAAUCGAAUUCAGUUUGAAAUUGAUGGAAACGAUCCUCUCUCGAAAGAACGCAAUAUACAGAAACACUCCUUGAAAUCUGAAAACCUUGUCAAAGUGAGAGCCGUCUUACAUCCAGGACAAGAAAUACUUUCAGAGAGCAUCUAUUUUCGCAGUGAUGAUGAGUAUUGGCAAGGCAUGGAUCGAAUUUAUGAAUUGAAUGGCUUGCUCUCCCAUCGUAAAUAUGAAGUACGUGUUUCCUAUCCUGCGUAUUGUCCUGCCAUGUUCUCUCUCAAAAUCAUUCAUUCCUUAUCGGAACUUGAUGAUGAUCAUUCUCUGAAACCUAGACGACGUUUGUUGAAUAUUGAGAAGAUGACUUUUGAUCUCAAAGAACCAGAAAGCAGUGCCGAUGAUGAUGAUCAUCAUUGGAUUCAUAAGAGAUUUCUCAUUGUUCGUGCAGAGCGAGAGGCUCCAUCCUUCCAGGUUUCCAUUCAACAAACACCUAUUCUCUUUAAUCUCGCCCUCGAGGAAUUAGAGAUGGGUUUUCUUCCCAAUGGUUCCCUCACCUUAGGAGUGCUUGUGUUGAUCACUUUGUUUAGUGUCAUUGGCCUUAUAUAUACUAUUCAGUUAACGAAUUAUUUUGGCGGGUUAUAA